CCCACCACCUCCUGCGGCCGCCAGCGCCGCGGUCACGGGCGCAGCAGGCGGCACGAUGCAGGGCGGGGGUCCCCGGGGCGCUCCGGUCCACGGCCGGAGCCAUGGCGCAGACAGUGGGCACGGCUCACCGCCUGGAGCAGCCCCUCAGAGGCGGCGGCUGACACGGAGACCAGGCUACAUGAGAAGCACAGCCAGUUCCAGCAUCGGGUUCCUCUCUCCGGCAGUGGGCGUGUCAUGCCAGAUCUCGGCAGGGCUGACAGGCCAGGAGUCCCACUUCUCACAGACCAAGGCUGGACAGUGUGGCCUCGACCCCAGCGGCCGCUGUCAGGUGGUGGGCAGCCCUUUGCUCAAGAGCUCGCUUGCCCCUGCUAUGGCCCCUGUGGGCCACUUGCACCCAGACCAGAGCUCUAUGAGAGAAACACCAGUGUGCUUUGGGGUUCAUUCCAGAAAAGGCAACAAACUACCUGAGAGGCUGACCAGGCCAUGUAGGCCUGGGGACAGUGGAUGUUGGCAAGAGUUCUUAUCUCCGGACAGCUCUAAGUCCCUGGCCCCUAGCCUUGAUGUAGCCUCGAGUGAGGGCUCAAGAGGCCUGAAGACUGUGAAGCCUCUGGCAUCACCAGAGUUGAAUCACCUUGCUGACAUCCCAGCUCUUCCAGGCUCUCAAGAUGCCUUUACUUCCAGCUUUAGCUUCAUCCGACUCUCCCUUGGCGCUGCUGGAGAACGUGGAGAAGCAGAAGGUUGCCUACCGUCCCGAGAGGCAGAAUCCCUCCAUCAGAGCCCCCAAGAGAUGGCAGCCGGAGCAUCCAGUUCAGACAGGCCCCAUGAGGACCCGCGACAUCUCUGGACCUUCAGUCUUCAAGCUACUCCAGGUUUGGUGACAGGGAGCAACAGCAAGCCUGAAGGGGGCAUGGUCUCCUACUCGGACACUGGCUUCUCUUCCCAGGAUCUGCCUUCAGCCAGUGGGUGGGGCGACCAGGGCAGCGGCUGGGCGGAUACCCGCGGAUGGGAUGCUCUGCUCAGCGAAUGGGAGCCCGUGCUACAGGACUAUCUACUGAGCAACCGCAGGCAGCUGGAGAUCACUUCCUCAAGUUUAAAGCUUCAGAAACUUCAAGAAAAAGCGGUUGAGGAUGGCGAUUAUGAUAAAGCAGAGACACUGAGACAGCGAUUGGAAGACCUGGAACAGGAGAAAGGCCGCCUACCCUGGGUUCUGCCUUCACAACAACCGGCUCUUGACAGCUUUUUGGGCUACCUGGCAGCACAGACCCAGCUGGCCUUGCAUGGAGCCACCCAAAGGGCUGGCAGCAAUGGCCCAGAGGCCCCACUUGAUGGAGAGCCAAGGACCACUGCCCAGGACAGUCCACCUGCAUCCAUCACCAGGCGGGACUGGCUUAUUCGAGAGAAACAGCAAUUGCAGAAGGAAAUCGAAGCUCUCCAAUCAAGGAUGUCGGCGCUGGAGGCAAAAGAACAAUGGCUGAGCCAAGAGUUGGAGGAGCAGGAGACACUGCUCCAGUGGCAGGGCUGUGACCUGAAGCCACUGGUGGCCCAGCUGUCCCCAGGCCAGCUGCAGGAAGUCAGCCAGGCCUUGGGAGACACGCGGACCUCUGCCAGCCAGGCUCCUUUCCAUGUGGAGCCACCUGAAACCCUCAGGAGCCUCCAGGAAAGGACAAAAUCACUGAACUUGGCUGUUAGAGAAAUCACUGCUCAGGUGUGCUCAGGUGAGAGGCUGUGCAGCUCUCUGAGGAGGAGACUCAGUGACCUUGACACCAGGCUGCCUGCCUUGCUGGAAGCCAAGAUGCUGGCCAUAGCAGGAAGUCACUUCUGUACAGCCAAAGAGCUCACGGAGGAGAUUUGGGCGCUGUCGUCAGAGCGGGAAGGGCUAGAGUCGCUCUUGGGCAGGCUGCUGACACUCAGCUCCAGGAGUGUCAGCAGGCUGGGCAGUGUCAAAGAGGACUACAUCAGGUGCAGACAGGACCUGGCACUCCAGGAAGCCGCCCACAAAGCAAGUGUGAAGGCAAACGCUGUGAAGUACACGGAAGUGCUUGAGAGUCAGCUGCGCAGCUGCAGGUGUCCACUGCUUGCAAGAGUGUGGAAAGCCGACUUGGAGGCUUGUCAGCUGCUGCUGCAGAGUCUGUGGCUCCAGGAAGCAGGCAUCAGCCCACAUGCAGAAGAUGAGAAGCAGGUGGACAGCACAGAAGAGGCCACCUGGACAGCCACCCUGGCUGCCCAUCCCAGACCCCAUCCCGAAGAGGAGAAGACCCCCUUGCAGGUGCUCCCUGCAUGGAACACUCAGUCAGCCUCCUUACCACACCGUGCUGGAGGCCAACAGAAAGAGGAAUCUCACGUCAUUUCUGCUGAAGUUGGAGAAAAAUGUGAAGCUAUAGGCAUGAAGCUCCUGCACCUCGAGGAUCAACUUCAGAGGGCGAUCCACAGUCACGAUGAAGCUCUCUUUCAGUCUCUCCAAGGGGAGCUCCAGAUGGUGAAGGAAACACUGCAGGCCAUGAUCCUGCAGCUCCAGCCAACAAAGGAGACAGGAGGAGAAGCCACAGCUUCCCAUUCGACAGCUGGUGUUCAGGAAGCACAGGCCUGAGUGUGGUCUUUCUCCAUUCAAGAGCCUCUGAAGGGGACAAACCUGAGAUGGCCACUGCACCUGUCACGUCUGUCUAUGGGCACUCCAAUGCCUUAUGCCCCGGAACCUCAGUGUCUCUUAACUGCCCAGGUCACUUCCCUGGGGCUCUGCUGUCUCAGGAGACUGCCACAGGGCACUUUCACAGUACCUCCUCAAGGUGCCGCCUUUGUGUUCUCCAGCCAUGACUACAGCUCAGAAAGCCCCCCUUCCCCGGCCAGAGGCUCCAGAUCUUUCUGAGAUUCAGGCCUGGGAGGUGGGAAUGUGGGGUGGGUGCAGAUGGAGACAGGUGCCGGUCUCCCCAGUUCCCACUGAACCUAUUAUUCCCUUGACUCCAAGGAGUCACGGUGAGGAGCCACUCAGGUCCCUGUGAAUUGCUCCUUGGGCCCAGCUGAGGCUCCUGCCAAGGCCACUGCAGCCAGGCUGUUCAAGUGGGCUCAAGGGGUGUACUAAGAAAGUGUGCUAGCUAGUUUCCUGUUGCUGUGAAAAACUAUCUGGCAACUGGAGGGAGGCGGGGAAGGAGGGCUCGCUGUGGCUCAUGGUUUGAGGCUAUAGUCUACCACAGUAGGGAAGGCAUGGCAGCGGGAACAUUAGCAAGCUAGUCACACUGCAUCCUCAGCCAGGAAGCAGAGAGAGACAAAUGUGCUUCUAUCUCUUCCUCCUUUGGAUUCAGCACAAAAUCCCAGUCCAUGUGAGACGCCACCCACAUUUGUGGUGGGGUUUCCCUCAGUUAAAUCUCUUUGGAAACAUUCUUCACCCUUACAGACUUGCUUAGAGCUUUACAUUCUAGGUGAUUCUGAGUCCAGUCAAGUUGAUAAUGAAGAUAAACUACCACAGGAGGACACCUCAGAGACACAGUCUGUUUGAUGAGAACGGACAUUAUAACUCCUGCUCAAGAGCCACAGAUCAACUCAGCUAGCCACCCUGUGAGGGCUCACCAGCCUGCCAACUCCUACCUAGCUUCCAUAUCCCCAAAUCCAACGGACUUUGUAAUCUCCAUGUAAACCUGUUCAUCCUCCCACUCUUGGGGUACAUUGUGCUGUACCGCUUGGGAUGACCCUCGUGCACCUGUGUCUUGGAGAUCAAGCCCAACAUUCUUAGCUGUUGAGCCUAGUGGAGUCUGAUGUGUCUGCCCUGGAAGGCCUCUCUCUCUCUAAGGUGCUCUGCCUACCUCUCUGUGGACAGGGAUGGAGAUGCUCCUACCUCUGUCUGGGCCCAUGGGUCCACAGCUUUUAACUCUUCCUAAUCACUCUGCCAUUUCUGGAAGGCACCUGGUGCUUCUCCAAGCCUUCCAUGCCGAGGACCACUUUGCCUGCUUGAAGACACAUUUUGCAUAUCUGAAUAAGAAAUAUGUUUAGUUUGUUCCCAGACUUAAUGUUUUUAUAGUGAACCAAAUCCCUGAAUCAUGUACAAUUGUGCCUCUGAAAGUCUGGUGAACUAGUUAUAUGAGUCCCAGAGCCCCUCAAAUCAUUGACUUAAUUCUUGUGGAGCAAAACUUGAAGUCAGGAUCACCCCUGUUGCCAAGAAUGUUCUUAACUUUGACACUUGAGAAAAGAUGCUUCCCAGGCAACAAGGUGCAUGACAGUCACUGCUAGCCUGAGUGUUUUAUGUGAUUCAAACAUCACUGUAACAUUCUGUGAGGUCAUGAUGCAUUUGAAAGUUUAAGGGACUGAGAAAUCACUGGAGUCCUCAGUACAGGGAGGGACAGCUGAGACUCCUGGGCAAACAUUGGUAUCAGUGUCUGGGCGGGUGAGCGACACCUCAGUCACAUGUUGUCCCACACCUCUAGGCAUCCUCUGGUCUUGGAGCACCAUCCAGGUUCAGUGUCGAAAUUCUGGUGUUUCCUGUGGCCACACUGUCUUCUCAUGACAACCUUUCUCUCAUUAGCCUCUUGAGCCCCAGGAGAUCCAGGACCUGUGGAUCCCCAAACUAUAGGACAGGACAGGUCUUUACAGAGCCACAUACAAAUGCCAAGGGAUGUUGGGGCUUGUGUUUAGACUGUUAAGAGAUGAUCAAGACCCCAGCAAAGGUAUGUGUUGAAAGUAACAGUUUAUCCUCUUUAGAACAAAUGACACCAUCUCAUUCUUCCUUAUGACGACAGUACACACAUACAUCUUAUAAGUAUGCUAUAUUUUCUUAUAGUCUCAUCUAUUGAACUGAUUUCAUAACCCAUCCAUGAGUAGUGUCUGAUUUCCCUGUGAUGCUCAGCAGGGGAGGAAGUGGUACACGGCCACCUUGUUGGAAAGCUGGACCUCAGAAGGCAGCCAGCUUGAGCAUCUUCACUGCCUCAUCACUACCAGGUCUAGCUCUUGAAACUUCAUGGUAUUGAUCACCCGCUGAAUGAGGUUAAUAUGUCGCAAUCGAUUCCAGGUUUGCUUUCCUUGGUAACGAGGCUGGCUCCCUCCCCAGGAGAGCAUGUGGAGGGCCACCACUCGGAGUCCUUCACAGACAGUCCUGCAAUGGCACUUCAGCCUGAAGAGGUAGACUCUAUAGAUGGUGCUCAUUAGCCUCAGGAAGGCAGAGUCCCCUUCCUAAGGUCCAGAGCUGGCUUCAAAGUAGGGCCAUUGGGAAUCCUGACCACCACAGGCAGCUGUUCCUAACCGAUGUCCUUCCUAAAGUGCCUUUGAUGUCCUCUCUGCAUUUUGAGCUAUAAAACUCAUUCACCAGCUAAAAACUAUGACUACCCUGUGAAUUCUGCCUGAGAGUGAAAGACACUGAACUCAGAGCAACUCAGAACCCCACACCCCCAGCAAACCCUACUGUGUAGCUGGGUUCUGAUUGGCUGCAGCAGUCCCAACCUUUAUCCAUUGUCUUUUCUGGUAACCCCAAAGAUCAUCCCGGGAACUGCCACUCAGCCUCAUGUUAGAUGGGUUUUCUGGAAGCUUCCUAUGUAAGUGGCGCAUCUCAGAACAAGUCCAUUUACUAUGGACAACAUGAACAACAUGUACAUGUGUUGUGGACCAUGGCAACUACACAUACAUUGGUCAGCACCCUCUUGUGUACAUCAUUGACCUUUAUUUUUAAUACCACCACUUUAUUUGAUCUUUGAAGUUUGUCAUGUAAGUUAUUGCUUUAUUAAUGUCCUGAUUGCUAUGUGAAAUAAAAACUGGUAUCCAAGCGAUGGUGCUCCUUGGGGUCAUUUUGUAUUCUGGAGUAUAGAUGAUAAGAGUGGGUCAGAUUGGUUCAUCUCACCUAUCUGUGACAAGAUAAUCAAUUGUGUUGAUUUUACAGGAACCCAAGUGUUUGCAAUAAAACCGUCUUGUAAAA